AUGCACUUAUCAACAACGCAGGUACGUGAGCAGUUUCUCCUCCAAGCUGUCGGCUCUACACCAGUAAUAAUAACAUUAUUUGGGGGUGAAAGGGCCCAGUUCGAUCAACAGCUGGCAGCUGGCACGAUAAUGGCACGCCAAAUCUGGAACCAUACGUACAACGUCAACGUUACUGGGGCGCAUAUCAUGACCGAGACGUUUGUGCCUUUGUUACUCGAAUCUAGCGAUCCCCGCCUUCUAUUCAUCGCUAGCGGUACAUCGUCCCUGACUACAACGGAGAGCACCGCUUUCCCGGUCAACAAGCCUCUACCCAAAGGCUGGCCGAAGUCUUUUGCUAAUACCGAUGUCCCGGCAUACCGUAGUAGCAAGACCGCAAUGAAUAUGAUGAUGAGAGAGUGGCACCGGUUUCUCCAAGAGGAUGGCGUCAAAGUGUGGGGAAUUAGCCCUGGAUAUCUAGCGACUGGGCUUGGUCCUGGUCAAGAGGUCAACAAGAAACAGGGUGCCAUCGACCCUGCCAUUGGAGCCAAUUUCGUCAGGGAUGUAUUAGAAGGCACGAGAGACGCCGAUUUAGGGUGA